GUUGCUGAGAACAUGAAGCCCUCAAUCAGAUAGGACACGCGAGGCGCUUUGGUGGCCAUAUGCUUUUUUCUUUUGCCUGAUUGGAACAACGAUUCUGAGUAGUUAAACUUCCAGGGAGAGAGCAACUGUACGAUUGUUUGAAGUCCGGAUGCUGAUGGGCAUAUGAUAAAAUAGCAAGAAACAGGGUUUAGGAGCGUCGAUUCAUAUCCGAAGCUUCUGUGUUGAGUUUAUAUGGCGGUAUUGACUACAAACUCCCUCUUGCAUCUUGAGGAUCUGACUCUGCCCCAGUUUCAGGUCAUAGUGAUGACUGCAAACAUGGGAUGUGCUCAAUGCCGAGAAAGGGUCAAUGAAGUUAUUUCCAAAACGACUGGAUUAAGAGAGUACACUGUAGACAUGUCCAACAGACAAGUAAUUGUAAAAGCAGAUUUGGGAUUUGACUGGAAUGAGAAAGAUCAUCCUUCUGAGAGAAAUGGGAAGAAGAAGUCUCAUCGAUUAGAAUUCUUUCUCAAAUAUUUCAUACCUAUGUGUUUGACAAAAUAAUUUGAUGAUUUAGAAUUGUCUGCUCAUGA